AUGUUUCCAAAGACUCGUCUAGGGAAGCGUUCUCCUCUGGGGGCGCUGCUGAGCUCCAGCUGCCCCUCCACCGUCCGCCCGGGGGACGGCCCCGCUGGUCAGCUCGGCUUCAUGGUGUCUCAGUGUGGAGCCGAACCAUCAGAAAGCAACAGAGCUGUGUCUUUGUCCAUCGCUGUCCCCCAGAGGCGUCAGGAGGUGGACAUGGAUGAGCUGAUGGCUGCGAUGGUCCUCAGCAGUCUGUCCUGCAGCCCCCGUCUGCACAGCGCUGCGCCCCCAGACCCCUCAGCCGACUGCGCAGGCGAACUCUCUGACUGUAGCAGCGGCUACUGGAGCGUCGGCCAGAGCCUGGGCAGUCCCACCGCCUCUCCUCCAAUCACAGAGCCUGACAUAGGCCUGGCCACGCCCCUUGACGACGGCCUCAGCAUGGAGCUCGAGCUGUUUGAGGAGCCGGCUGCACGGAGGCCCAAGAGCUCGGAGCAUGCGGUCUUCAGGUGUCUGUGGCCUGGCUGCGACAAGGUUCUGACCUCUAUCGUGGGAAUCAAGAGACAUGUGCGCACCCAGCACUUACACAGUUGUGCUGGUGAAUACGAGCGCUGUUCUCGCAGUGAGGAGGAUUUUUACUACACUGAAGUGAGCCCGUCCUCCCCCCCUCCCCCAUCCCCCACCUCUCCCCCACACUCCGCCCACUCCCCCGGCAGCAGCCCUCUCCAGGCCUCAGCCGGGCUCAGUAGCUCUGCCCCCUCCUCCUCACACGGCUUCUGGCAGGUGCAUGUGGAGCACUCCUACCAGGCUCCGCCCCCUGUGCUCACCACUGCAGCUCCGAGUCCAGGCUGGACCCCUCCCAGCAGCAUCCACACCCCUCCCAGCAGCACCCACACCAAGCAGGUGCAUUUCAGAGUGCGUUCAGUCAGUGUGGGCGAGCAGUGGCUGCAGCAGAGCGCUCCCUGCAGGAAAGUUCGAGGAGAAGCCAAGAAAUGCCGGAAGGUGUACGGCAUCGAACACAAGGAGCAGUGGUGCACGGCCUGUCGCUGGAAGAAGGCCUGCCAGCGCUUUCUGGACUAG